CUUUCCAGCACAAAUUAUCAAAAAUCCAAUCAGCUGCCCGGCCACUUCUGCUCCCAUUCCGAUCAGAGGAUCGCUAGCGGAUUGGCUGUGGCAAGAUGUUCAACCCGCCAUUGCCACCUCGGUCAUCAAGUUACAAUCCACAGAAUAAAGUCACUUUCAAAGGAGCUCAAACGUGGCGAGAAUCUUUGGGUGUAUUCCUAUGCUUUCUUCUAGGUCUUUCAUUAUUCGUCUCCCUUAUUUGCUUGUGUGUUUACUACUAUAGAGACCGAGCAGUUUAUGAAGAAAUCAUCGAUUACUUGGAUAAAACUAUCAGUAUAUCGAAAAUCAACUAUAAUCACAUGCUUGGAUUAUACCAGUUAAACGACAAAGAGAUCGAAGUGCUAGGCGAACAGAGGACGUUUAAAACGAUCCUUGGUUGCUACCUGCUGGGUGAUUUGGUCUGCUAUGCCUGUCUCAUCAUUGCGGCACUGAUUUACUUCACCACCGAUGUAUCGAAGAGUCCUGCACGUAUCAUCUUCUGGGUUGUUCUCUGUGUCGGCAUUCUGUACUGCAUUUGUGAAGUGCACUUAUUCACUUUUAUGCUUUCACCGUAUUCCGGUCACCUUCCAAAUGCCACUGAACAGUUACUCAACCAUGCUAUUCCUCACAAUCCGGGAGGUUUGAUGCAGAUGGAGCAGCGUUUGGGAUGUACUUUUGAUCAUAAUCUCUACGCAGCCAACAAACGCCGGCUGAAUCCUCGGAAUACCUGCGAUCCUCAAAUCGAGUCUUCGUUCAUUCCUCGCGCUCUUCUCACUACUCUACUGGUACUUCGACUUCUUCCAAUCGUCAUCUGCGCACUUCUUAUGGCAAAACGUACGCCAUUAAGCGAAUCGAUCGCUGUGCUCAUCGAAAAGCUACGUCCAGCACAGAAAAAGACGAGCUCGUCAUUGGCGAGAAAUGGCGAGAAAAAAGCGCCACAGCUGUCACAUCCGCCUCGCGCCGGCGGAACCGGAACACCUCUGCCGCCUAUUCCCUCACCAACACAAGUUGAUCAUAGUAUUAGCUACAACAAUGCUGCCUAUUUUGCGACUUCUGGCGCUCUUGGAGUGAAUUCAUCGAGGAGUAGUGAGAGCUCUCGGGUUGAUGCAUCGGAUUUGUUCAGAUCACCUCAUCAUGCGAGUGGAAGCAUCCAGUCAGAAGUAUGAGUCAGACACAAAGAAAGAAGUAGAAGGAACCGCUCAGCGACUACAAAGAUGAUCUUCAUUGCACUGCUCUGAUUUUGUCAUAUCUUGUGUAAAAUUUGUUCUGCCGCUCUUGAAAUAAACAUAAC